AUGCAACAUAGUUUUAUCGUUUUACAGAUAAUCUGCCUCGGCAUAGAAAUUUUCCAUCACGUCCAUCAUAGUGUGAACAGGAUGAACCGAGAGGAUGAUGAAUCUAUUCCUUUUCUGCCUGAAGAAAGGAAUCCAGUUUUUUAUAUCUAUCCAAUGUGCAUAGUUCUAAGCACUAUAUCAGCGAUUCUAUGGCUUUUUACGAAAGUCCUGAUAAAACGACCUGAAAUCGGUUUCAUAGGAUGCUUCAUAGCGGCCAUUUUACUGUUAUCAGCUGGUGUAAUAGAAAUGAAACACGCAGAUAUAUAUCUCGAUUUAACCAUAAUCAGAGACGAGGAGCUGCUAACGCAUCCUGUAUUUCUUCAUAAUUUUAUUAUGUGUUUAGUUUCCCUUUUUGGUAUGGCUAUAUAUCUCAUGCACGGUUGGAUCAUAAUGGAUUUUUGGUUACAGAUUAAAAAAGAGAAACGUGACAGAGAUAAUUAUAAUGAUCACGAAAAUAUCAAUGAAAAUGGUGAAGAUGAUGAUUCACUCGAACAUCAUCGGCGCUCAAAAAAACGCGAAAGUAAAAACGCAAAAGAAACAGAAGAACCAGGUGAACUGGAUCCAAUUCCUGCAUUAGAAAAAUUUCCUUCUGUGGCAUCAUUAUCGCAGGAUGAAAGUAUAAGCGAAUUACCAGUGAUUUUAUACUGUUGUUUCCUUGACUGCUGUAUGUACAUAAAGCACCAUCAUUUUACUGAAAGACCCGUGCACGAGUUUCAAGUUAUUCACACAAUGUGAUGUUUCUGAAACAAUUAAACAGAUAUGAAGUAUUUCAUGACGCACUUGUAAUAUUAAGAUAAUAUG